CACUGGAAAGCUCUGAUGUCUUGACAUGUUGUCGCUGUGCUUUUAAGGCAUUGCGCGGAAGGGCGUCCGUCGGCUCGCCGGCUUGCAGUUGCACCACGCGCCGCUGUGACCCAAACACUUACGGUAACAAUUUGUCUUGACUAGUGAUAUAGGUAAGCGGUAACGUACAGGGAAACCAGGGGCGCCAGUGGCGAUAUAUCGCUUCAUGGACGUCCGCCGUCGGCUGGGCAGCUAGCGUUCAGCAUAACUGCAAACCGUGCGCUGUAUGGAGCGCUAGCUUGGUCAACUACAAUUACCACUUUUAGUGUCCGGCUCCGAAGCCGACAGCCCUUGACCACCAGACGUUCAGGACGUUAUCCAGCGACGAUUUGACGCGUCCAUACCGGCCUCUGCCCGCCAUUACCCUCUUCCCUCAACGCCUCCCUCUCAUCCCACUACACAGAAUGCUAGGGACGCUGCCGCUAUGCAGCUCCCUGCACUCGCAACCUUCCCAGCCACCAUCAGCGGCGGCAACGGCAUCCCCUGCCCCCGUGCCCGGACUCCCAAAGCGAAGGACCCGCGCUAGCCACCAAGACAGCCUCCUCCAACGCAACCGCUAUUCGAACCGCACCUCAGCUGCUUUACCGUGCGGCACCAGCAAUGCCAGUCCGGCAGGGGUGCUGCUGUCGCCCGCUGCUCAUUGCUGUUGCACCCAACAUCACCUGCGGCGCACGGGGAGCGGCUGGCUGCAUCGGCCUCAGCCGCGCCAAUGCCCAUUAGGCACAAGCCAGCCCCCCCUGCUAGCCGCUGCAGCUGCUGGCGGCCGCCGCCGCGCCGUUUCGGCUGCUGCUGUUACCGGCGGCAGUGGGGCGGCGAGUGGGGUUGCUAGUGAGGGUGCUGCUGGCGGUGCGGUAGCUCCCGCUGUGCUGCGCAUUGCAGAUGGGCUGCCCAUCAGGGAGUGCCUGGAGGAGGUGUUGCUGGGGCUGGACCGCUGCAGCGGACUGGUGCUGCAGGCUCCUCCUGGCGCGGGUAAGACCACGGUGGUCCCGCUGGCCCUGCUGCAGCACCAGCCCGCCUACCUGGAGCCCAGACAGCGCAUACUGGUGUUGGAGCCCCGGCGUGUGGCAGCCAAGGGCGCAGCGCGCCGCAUGGCUGCAGCCCUGGGGGAGCCGGUGGGGGCCAGCGUGGGGUACCGGGUCCGGCUUGACAGCAAGGUGAGCUCCAGCACGCGUAUCGAGGUGGUGACGGAGGGCAUCCUGCUGCGGCGGCUGCAACACGACCCCGAGCUGGAGGGCGUGGGAGCGGUGUUGUUCGACGAGUUCCACGAGCGCAACCUGGACAGCGACCUGGCACUGGCGCUGUGCCUGGACGUGCAGCGGCUGGCGCGACCCGACCUCAGACUGGUAGUCAUGUCCGCUACGCUGGGCGGGGGCCUAGGCGAGCGAGUGCGGCGACUCAUGACGGCCACGCAGCGCGAGGCGGCGGGGCUGCCUGCGUGCGAAGAGGAGGAGGGGGAGCAAGGGCCGGAGCAGGGAGGAGAGCCGGGGUCAGCAGCAGCAGCAGCAGCAGGAGCAGGCGGGCCGGGCUCGGUGCCGCUGGUGCUGAGUGAGGGGAGAUCCUACCCCGUGCAGACGAUCUAUCUGGGGCCGCCGGAGGGCACCGCUCGGGGCGCCCUGGAGCGCGCAGUGGCGGCAGCGGUGGGGCGGGCGCUGCGCGAUGGAGACCGCGGCAGCAGCAGCAGCAGCAGCGGCGGUGCGGAUGCGGAUGUGGAUGCCGAGGCCCCUGCUGGCGACGUGUUGGUGUUCCUGCCAGGAGUGGGUGAGAUCAGGGCGGUGGAGAGGCUGCUGGAGGAAAUCGGCAUCACACGCAAGUACGGCGUCCGCGUGCUUCCCCUGCACGGCAACAUGGCUCCAGACGAACAAGACGAGGUGCUGCGGCCAGCUACUUCCGCCACUAGCAGCAGCAGUAGCAGUAGGUUGCGACGGCGACGUGUCAUCCUGGCGACUCCCAUCGCCGAGUCCUCGGUUACUAUUGACGGAGUGACGGCCGUAGUUGACAGCGGGUUGCGGCGAGCGCCCCGGUACGACCCAGCAACCGCCAUCAACCGCCUCAUCACGAUUCCCAUCAGCGAGGCCUCAGCGGAUCAGCGCCGGGGCCGCGCCGGCCGCACCGCGCCGGGUCGCUGCUACCGCUUGUGGUCAGAGCGCGCCCAACUAGCAGCGGUUUCGGAGCCCGAGAUCCGGACUGCUGACCUGGCGCCUGCCGCCCUGGAGCUGGCGCUGUGGGGCAGCGGAGACGGGGGCGACCUGCCAUGGCUGGAUCCCCCGCCGGAGGGGGCGCUGAGGGCGGGCAGGGAGCUGCUGCAGGACCUGGGAGCUGUGGACCCCGUCAGCGGGCGACCCACGGGUCACGGGCGGCUGCUGGCGCGCCUGGGCGUGCACCCCCGCUGGGGCCAUGCGGUGCUGCGGGGCGCCCGGCUGGGCUGUGUGGAGCUGGCGGCGGUGGUGGCGUG